CUGCCAUCGCUAGCAAAAGAACCAUUUUAUUUAAAGCAGCAGAAACAACAAGUUUUUUAGGAUCCAGCACAAAAUUAGAUAGCCCGUGACGAAAACAAAGCCCCCGAACACCGAACACAAUGAGUGCAAAAGUAUUAUUCGCCUGCUCCAAGUGUUUUUCGCGCCACCCGUACGAGGAGCUCUCCUCCGGCCAACAACUAUGCAAGGUGAAAAUCGGAACCCAGCGAAAAUGCAAAAAAAACACUUGAAACAAUGAAGAAAAUCCCAGGCCGACGCCAAGGAAAAUGCAAUAUCAGCAUAAAGUGUGUGUCUCGGUUUGUUUGUUUGUUGCCCAGCGGGCGAAAAUGACGCGGCGUUGGCAAAAAUUCUGCUGCGCAAAAAGCAGGGGAAAAUGCUCAGGGCAGAAGAAGAAGCAGCCAGGCGUCGCGUCCAAAAAUGAUUUAAACAACAAACAAAAUGAGCGAAUGCUUUUUCGCGUGCUGACUGUUGCAUGCAACGGAGGUGUUUGAGCAGUGUGUGAUACCGAUUUUUACUUAUUCUGUUUUUUUUCAAAACAAAAAUAUAACGUAAUAUAUACGUUUAAUACCUUUUAUAAAUAUUUGUCUGUUGUUAUUGGUUAAAUAAACAAUCAAUUACGGUGGCGUUAACCCGUUCCAACGGGGCGGCCAAAUAAUUCUUCCCUCUUCACGGAAGGAAGUAACUUAAUAUUUAAAAAAAAAAAAAUGAGCGAAUGGCACAAAGAACGCAUUAGUAAACCACCGGAUAACCUUGAUUCCACAUUACUCUUUGCAGGGCUGCCGGGGCUCUACCUCAGUUGGUAAAUGUACUUACUGCCGCUCGGAGUUUCAGCCCGCCACCAAAUCACAGAGUGCCUGCAAGAAGUGCGAACAUUAUCUGGGGAAGUACGGAAAGCCCAGUGCCUGCGAGUGCUGCAAGAUUGUGGCCGCCUUCGGGGGAUCCAAGUGCAUGCGGUCAAUGGCAAACUCCUUUGCUGGCUGUGUACCUGCGCCUACAAGCGAGCUCUGCUCAAGGCCCAGCAGGAGGGCCGAAUACCCAUGUCCAAGAAAAGGCCGCACGAGAAGACGUCCUCCUCGCACAGAGACAGCGGCGCCGCGGCCAAGAAGCCGUCGCGCAACGAGCUGGGCAAGAGCGGCAGCGGAGCCAAUAGCUCCGGCGUGAACGCGGUCAGCGGAGCCGGCCUGGAUCUGCCCGACAAGAUAUCGCGCGGAAAUGGAGGGAACGGGACCAUUGCAGCGCCCGCUGCCAUCACCGUGGACACCAAUUCCUCGGACCAUGUGGUGGCCAUCACAUACCUAAAGGAGCGCAUCGCCAGCCUGGAGAAGCGCCUGAAUCAAAAAGACAAAGAGCUGCUCGAAAAGGACAAGCAGCUGACCGAACUGAAGGGCAAGAACUUCGAGAAGGAGAAUGACAUGCGCAACCGACUGAAGGAGGUGGAGCGACUGCACGACAUGAAGGUGGACAACUUGAACCGCAAGAUCGCCAGUGUGCUCAAGGAGCUGGCCGUGCUCAAGAAGAGCAGCAACAAGAAGACGGCGGCCCUCAGCAAGGCGGAGAAGGAGGCCAUCAAGCGGGAGAACCUGUCGCCCAAGGAGGAGAUCCUGGCGGCGGCAGUGCCGGCAGAGAAACAGAUCAAGUCGGAGCCGGCCGAUCUGGACAAGGACGAGAAGAGUCGCGACCGCGAGGAGGAGCGCAGCGAGCAGGAGGAUCGGGCCAGUGUACGUUCGCGCUCCGGCUCCAGCAGCCCCACGCCCUCGUCCAACUGAGAGGCAACGACUUCCAGCUGCAGCAGCGGCAGGCCAGGAUUCAGGGUCCACAGAGUCUGGAUGCCGCGCCCCUUUAGUUUUUCGCUAUACAAAUUUAUAUUUUUGUACUUCUGCUUUAAUUGUAAUAUAGGUUUUACAAGAUUGUUUCAUAUCGCCCCUCUUUGUGUCGCUCAUCCCUGCCGCGCGAGCCCUGUCCCCACGCCCACGCCCACCCUCCGCGAAAAGUGUAACCCAAUCAUCAGUUAGAAAAUGUAAUUUGAUAGGCUCAACUUAACGAAUUCUUCUUUAGUUUAAUUCGCGAUGGAACAACACACAAAGCCGAAGCAUUGUUUACAUCUUAAGAAAUAUACAAGUUGGGAAGAACCAAGUGGUA